AUGGCAUCCGAGACUCCUGAAGGCACACUCCCAUCCAUGCCUCUGACAGACCAGGUGAAGAAGAGGGCUUAUGUGACAUUCCUGGCGGGAGAUGGUGACUACGUGAAGGGAGUGGUGGGGCUGGUGAAGGGCCUCAGAAAGGUGAAGAGUGGCUACCCCUUGAUAGCGGCGGUGCUGCCCGAUGUGCCUGAACUGCACCGUCGGUUGCUUCAAGCCCAAGGUUGCAUCAUCCGGGAGAUUGAACCUGUUCACCCACCUGAGAACCAGGUGCAGUUUGCCAUGGCCUACUAUGUCAUCAACUACUCCAAGCUGCGCAUCUGGAAUUUUGUGGAGUACAGCAAGAUCAUCUAUUUAGAUGCAGAUAUCCAAGUGUAUGAAAACAUAGACCACCUGUUCGACAUGCCUGAUGGCUACUUCUAUGCGGUGAUGGACUGCUUCUGCGAGAAGACAUGGAGCCACUCUCGACAAUACUCGAUUGGCUACUGCCAGCAGUGCCCAGACAAAGUGGCAUGGCCUGCUGAGAUGGGAUCCCCUCCACCAUUGUACUUCAAUGCUGGGAUGUUUGUAUCUGAACCGGCUCAUUCAACUUACAAUAGCCUCCUUAAAUCUCUCAGGAUAACACCUCCAACUCCCUUUGCUGAGCAGGACUUCUUGAACAUGUACUUUGAGAAAAUCUACAAGCCAAUUCCACCUGUCUACAAUCUGGUUCUAGCCAUGCUAUGGCGUCACCCUGAAAAUGUUGAGCUUGAAAAAGUCAACGUGGUCCACUACUGUGCUGCGGGUUCCAAGCCCUGGAGGUUUACUGGAAAGGAAGCUAACAUGGAUAGGGAGGAUAUUAAGAUGUUAGUAGCAAAAUGGUGGAAUAUUUACAAUGAUGACUCUCUUGAUUUCAAAGAAGAGGAUGCCAUUCCAGAAGGAGAUACCUGCUUGAGGUCUACUUCGGUUGUGGGGACCAUGUCGGAACAAAAAAUCAACUACAUACCUGCACCCUCUGUUGCCUAGGACAAAAUGAUGAGAGGAAACAAGAUAAACUGUGAUAGACAUAAGGAAUUUGAUAUCUUUCAUUAAAUGUGCAUCUCUGGACUCUCCAUCUUUCAAUGCCUAUCACGUGCUUAGUAUUGCA